AUGUUAACCCUAUUUUUCGAAACAGAACCAACUACAUCGUCCUCAACAUCAACAACAAUUUCAUCAACCUCAUCAUCAUCAACAACGUCAUCAACAUCAACAACAACAACAACAAGUGCCUGCAACUUGUUUCUUGAUCAAACUACUUACUCAGCUGGCGCAAAGCCAUGGUCAGUAGCAGUCGUCGACGUAAAUAACGACAAUAAACCUGAUAUUAUUAUUGCAAACUAUGAUUCGAGCACCGUCAGUGUUCUUUUCAACGCAGGUAAUGGCGCAUUUAAUACUCAAACUAAUUACUCAGUUGGCACUCAGCCAGCAUCAGUAGCAGUCGUCGAUGUGAAUAAUGACAAUAAACCUGAUAUUAUUGUUUCAAACUCUGGUUCGAACAACGUCGGUGUUCUUCUCAACACAGGCAGUGGUACCUUUAGUGCUCAAACAACUUACCCAGUCGACAUUAACCCACUAUCAUUAGCAGUCGUCGAUGUGAAUAGCGAUAAUAAACCUGAUAUUAUUAUUGCAAACUAUUAUUCGAGCACCGUCAGUGUUCUUCUCAACGCAGGCAGCGGCACCUUUAAUGCUCAGACAACUUACUCAAUUAGCUCUGGUCCGAUAUCAGUAGUACUCGUCGAUAUGAAUAAUGACAAUAAACCAGAUAUGAUUGUUGCAAGCUAUUAUUCGAGCACCGUCAGUGUUCUUCUCAACGCAGGCAAUGGCACCUUUAGUGCUCAAACUACUUACUCGGUUACCACUGGUCCAAUGUCAGUAGCAGUCGUUGAUGUGAAUAACGACAAUAAACCAGAUAUUAUUGUUGCAAACUUUGGUUCGAAUAACGUCGGUGUUCUUCUCAACGCAGGCAGUGGCAUCUUUAAUAAUCAAACUAGUUACUCAGUUGGCGCUAACCCAGUAUCAAUAAUGGUCGCCGAUGUGAAUAGCGAUAAUAAACCUGAUAUUAUUGUUGCAAACUAUGUCUCAAACACCAUCGGUCUUCUUCUCAAUACAGGUAGUGGUACCUUUAGUGCUCAAACAACUUACCCAGUUGGUAUUUACCCAUAUUCACUAGCAGUCGUGGAUGUGAAUAGCGAUAAUAAACCUGAUACUAUUUUUGCAAACUCUGCUUCGGAUAACGUCGGUGUUCUUUUGCAUUGUUAA